CAACCUUGUCAACAUGUUCUCUAAAAUCAUCACAUUGAGCGCCAUCCUGGCUGUGUCAGCCGCUGGACUUUUACCUACAGCUCACUACUCAAACGCUGCCGCCGUUUCUUCCCAAAGCAUUGUGCGUCAUGACCAACCCCACGGCAUCGCUCAGGUUGCCUAUGCGUCUCCUGUAGCCUACUCUUCUCCCAUUGCCUACGCCGCACCUCGUCUCUCCGGUCACGGUGCCGUCUCUUCCCAGAACAUUGUACGCCACGACCAAGGACAUAGAUCCAUUGCUGUAGCCGCCCCCAUCUCCUACGCCGCCGCCCCUGUGGCUUACGCUGCUCCUCGUCUCUCCGGCCACGGUGCCUUCUCUUCCCAGAACAUUGUGCGUCACAACCAAGGCUACGGCUCUAUCGGUCUAGCUGGUGCCUCUCUCGCCUACGCUGCACCUGCUCGUGUUGCGAUCGCCCACUCCGCCCCUAUUGUCCACGCUGCUCCCAUCGUUCACGCCGCUCCCGCCCAUGGCUACAUCGCUGCCCACCAGCCAGAACCCUAUAACGCACACCCCAGAUACGACUUCUCCUACUCCGUAGCUGACGGUCACACCGGCGACAACAAGUCCCAGCACGAGAGCCGCGACGGUGAUGUCGUACAUGGUGAAUACUCUCUGCUCGAAGCUGACGGUUCCGUACGCAGAGUGGAGUACUCCGCCGACGCACACAGCGGCUUCAACGCUGUGGUCCACCGCUCCGCUCCUACCGUCCAUGCCGCCCCAGUAGCGCAUGCUCCAGCUCAUGUUCUCUCACAUUAUUAA